UUUGCAUCGGUUAGGACUCAUUUUUGUGUUGCUGGUGUCUCUCUCUCUUUCUUUACCAAUUUCCAGAACACAACGCCAGAUACCUCUAACAACAACAACAAAAAACAGACGAUCCCCGCCCUCAACCAAAAAAAGAAAUGCUGCAAGAUAUGAAGCAGAGACAGUUUCGAAGGGGAAGGAUUAAGAUUCCCAUGUUUGUUGUUUGUGUUGGUUUGUUUCUUUGCUUCUCAAAUGUUAAUGCUUCCAUUCAUGAGUAUAGAAUGGAAGCUUUUAGCCCAAAAUCCGAUGCUUUCUUUUUCCAUGGAGGCAGUGAAGGUCUCUAUGCUUCUAAGAUCCAUGAACCCACCACUGAUGCUUCUUCUGAAACCAAACCAUCUUUCAAGGGGAAGUCCAUCAUCAGUUUUGAUCCGGUCACCUUUGUGAGACCGAAAGAGACUGCAAAGAGCCAUCAUCAGAUGCAGCAGAACACGGGAUUAGUGGAAGCAAUCAUACUCGAAGUUAAAGAUAGAGCAAGGAUUGGAGGGUCUUCUUUAAAAUCCGAUGCCAUUUGCUGCAACAAACAACUUGCGGACCAAGGGUCCUGCAACCAAGGUGAGGUUAUCAUCCAACAUAACCCGAACAACCUUGGGUGGCCUAAACGGAUUAAGACCUUUUUCCAAGGAGACAAUGAAGAAGCUAAAAUGGAUGUUGAAACAGUUGAGAUAAACAGCACCGGGAUGUACUACCUUUAUUUUAUGUUCUGCGAUCCCCAACUCAAGGGUACUCUUAUUAAAGGAAGGACCGUGUGGAAGAACCCCAAUGGUUAUUUACCUGGGAAGAUGGCUCCGUUGAUGACAUUUUAUGGUCUCAUGUCUUUGGCUUACCUUGUGCUUGGCCUUGCCUGGUUUCUAAGGUUCGUUCAGUUCUGGAAGGAUAUCAUCCAUUUACACUACCAUAUCACCCUUGUUAUUGCUCUUGGAAUGUGUGAGAUGGCUGUCUGGUACUUCGAAUAUUCUAAUUUCAAUUCAACUGGGACCAGACCAAUGGGUAUUACAUUGUGGGCAGUCACAUUUGGCUCUGUUAAGAAAACUUUAGCUCGCCUUCUUCUUUUGGUGGUUUCCAUGGGCUUUGGUGUAGUGAGGCCAACACUUGGUGGCUUAACAUCCAAAGUAGUUCUGCUUGGUCUGAUAUAUUUUAUUGCGACAGAGGCACUUGAGCUAGUAGAACACUUGGGGAACAUUAAUGACUUUUCUGGGAAAGCAAAGUUAGUUUUGGUACUACCUGUUGCGUUUUUGGAUGCUUGUUUUAUUCUAUGGAUUUUCUCAUCACUGUCAAAAACUUUGGAGAAACUUCAGAUGAGAAGAAACUUGGCAAAAUUGGAGUUAUACCGCAAGUUCACUAAUGCACUUGCCGUGUCUGUGUUGCUUUCUAUUGCUUGGAUCGGCUUUGAGCUAUACUUCAAUGCAACUGAUCCACUGAGUGAGUUUUGGCAAAUUGCAUGGAUCAUCCCAGCUUUCUGGAAUAUGCUUGCGUACUGUCUCUUGGUGGUCAUAUGUGUUCUCUGGGCUCCUUCACGUAACCCAACGAGAUAUGCAUACAUGGAGGGGAUGGGUGAGGACUCCGAUGAGGAGGGUAUUGCAUUGACCGGAAACAGUGGGGACAUGGCAAUGAAGCUGGAAAGGCAGGCAAUCGGAGAUGAUCUUGAAGAGGAUAAGCGUGAAUAGAUUGACAACCUCCAUGUAUAAUACUAAAAAAUCCUAUUGAAGCUUCGGUUGCAUACCUAGGAAAUAUCAGCAUACCUUGAAUAUCCGGUCUGUGUCAUAUGUAUAAAGAACUCGUGACAGAAACACUUGGAGAAGGCAUGAACAAAGAGAAAAUUGCAGUAUUGGUGAAAUAUUAUAGCUCAACUGUAAUGGUCUGACCAGUGCUAAUUUAAGCAAUGAGCAAAGCCAACCUUGUGUUUAGCUCAUCUUCAGGUUGUCAUGCCUCAUUUCUCACCAUACCAGUAUACCAUAGCAUAGUAUGUUCUAAUUAAAAUCUUUGUUAUUAUAUCUAUGAAUACUAUGGUAGCUUAAAGUUCAUACUUUUCUGAUAAA